UUUGCGGUGAAAUCUAGAAAGGGAGCAGGAGCAGUGGUUUGCCUGAUGAGCAUCACUUGGAUUUACCAGAGAUCACCAAAUGUGAUUCUGCAGACCGAUAAUUCACCAGGAGAUUCCUGGGCCAUGGAUGGUUCUCGUGACUUUUUAAUAAUUAAACUGUUCCAACCCAGCUGCCCAGUGUUUUUGCUUAUGGACCAUUGGAGGAAAGAAAUGGCUCCCACCACUGCUCCGCAAAAUCUUUCCGUAUAUGGAUUUAAGAAGGAUAUCGAAAUAGAGGAAGGAACAUUUUUGGGGUCUUUCCUUUACAACAUCAAUGAUCAGCCUAGACAGAUGUUCAAACUGGAGGGAUCAUGUAUGGAAGGAUGGCAAUAUCUAAAACUUGUCAUUUCAAGUAACUGAAAUAACCAAAAGUACGCAUGUAUAUAUAAAAUCCAAACCUACAGAUUGAAAAUAUGAAAAAAGAACAAAAAACGCUUAGACCCUUUUUCAAUAUGGAAAAAAGAAUCUUUACUAUUUGCUAUACUAUUUGUUACUAUUUGUUACUUCCAGAGUCCAUGGCAUGGCUCAUUUUUGUUUUCCCUGCAACUGUAUAUUAUUAUUUCCUUUUUCUUUUUUUUACCUUUCCCCAUUUUUCCUUGUUCACUUACCCUCCCCACAGCCCCCCGUCCUUUCCUCUUCCACAUAGUCUGUAUACAAUGUUUUAUUGUAUUCAAAAAUUUUUUUGUUGUUGUUAUAAGAAUUGUAUCAAAGUUGCUUACAAACCUUACAAUAAAAAUGAUAUUAUUAAAAAAAAUCUUUAAUA